AGGCAUUUGACAGCUUGCCAAAACCCAGAGUCAGAGGGGAGCGAAGAACUGGACCUACUGGAUUUUCAAACGCAAAUCGUCAUCUGCAUCUACAUGGAGAAGGAGGGAUCAAUUGCAGUCUCUGCCCCAAAUCUCAGACCAAUGUAGACGCAAAUGUUAAAAAAAAAUCCACAUUUAUUGUUUUCCCCCCAUUUUUCCCGGUUGGAUUUACGGCGUGUAAACAGCUAUGAUGAAUUCCGCAGAACAGACCGUUACAUGGCUCAUCACUCUGGGGGUACUAGAAUCACCAAAAAAAACCAUCUCGGACCCCGAAGGCUUUUUGCAAUCGUCUCUUAAAGAUGGGGUGGUCCUUUGCAGAUUGUUGGACCGAUUGCGCCCUGGCUGUAUCGAAAAAGUUUACCAGGAGCCCAAAAACGAGAGCGAGUGCCUCAGCAAUAUCAGGGAGUUUCUGAAAGGUUGUGGUUCUUUCAGAGUGGAGACGUUUGAUGCAAAUGACCUGUAUCAGGGGCAGAACUUCAGCAAGGUCUUGAAUUCCCUGGUGGCUCUAAAUAAAGUAACAGCAGAUAUUGGUGUUGGCAGUGAUUCUGUAUGUGCUCGCCACUCCUCCUCCCAUCGGAUCAAGUCCUUCGAUUCCCUUGGAUCGCAGUCUUCCCUUAGCAGAACGUCAAAGCUGUUUCAGAGCCAGUAUCGAAGUUUGGACAUGACUGAUAACAGCAACCAUCAGCUGGUGGUGAAAGCACGGUUUAAUUUCCAGCAGACCAAUGAGGAUGAGCUCUCAUUUGCCAAGGGGGAAAUCAUCCACGUCUUGCGGGUAGAAGAGGGGGGCUGGUGGGAGGGAACGCUAAACGGGAAAUCCGGGUGGUUCCCCAGCAACUACGUCAGAGAAGUCAAAGGAAGUGAGAAGCCAGUUUCUCCGAAAUCCGCAACCCUCAAAAGCCCUCCCAAAGGCUUUGACACAUCUGCAAUUAGCAAAACAUAUUAUAAUGUGGUGUUGCAGAAUAUUUUAGAAACUGAGAGUGAAUAUGCUAAGGAACUUCAGAAUCUUCUAUCAAAUUACCUGCGUUCAUUGCAAGCCACAGAUAAGAUAAGUUCUUCUGAUAUCUCUCAUAUACUGGGAAACCUGGAAGAAAUCAGCACUUUUCAGCAGAUGCUUGUCCAGUCCUUAGAGGAAUGCACAAAGGUGCCUGAUGCUCAGCAGAGAGUCGGGGGAUUCUUCCUAAACUUGAUGCCCCAGAUAAAAAGCCUUUACAUUGCCUAUUGUGCUAAUCACCCUUCAGCAGUAAAUGUCCUUACAGAACACAGAGAAGAGCUUGGUGAGUUCAUGGAAAUGAAAGGAGCCAGCAGUCCAGGGAUCCUCAUGCUAACCACAGGCCUCAGCAAACCCUUCAUGAGACUGGACAAGUACCCAACCCUGCUUAAAGAGCUUGAACGACACAUGGAGGAUUAUCACCCUGAUCGACCAGACAUUCAGAAAUCCAUGACAACCUUUAAAAGUCUUUCUGCGCAGUGUCAAGAGGUACGGAAGAGGAAGGAGCUGGAGCUGCAGAUUCUGGCUGAAGCAAUUCGCUGCUGGGAGGGAGAAGGCAUCAAGACACUGGGCACUGUCCUCUACAUGUCACAAGUCAUGAUACAGUGUGCAGGGAGUGAGGAAAAGAAUGAGAGGUACCUGCUCCUGUUCCCCCAUGUCUUGCUGAUGUUGUCAGCCAGUCACAGAAUGAGUGGCUUUAUUUACCAGGGUAAACUGCCAUUAACAGGAAUGACAAUCUUGAAACUAGAAGAUAGUGAAACCAACAAAAAUGCUUUUGAAAUUUCAGGAAAUAUGAUAGAACGGAUAGUAGUGACCUGCAACAAUCCAGAAGACCUGCAUGACUGGGUGGAUCAUCUCCACAGACAGACUAAAUCCGCUAGUAUAGGAACCUCUACUAUCAAGCCACUCUCUGUACCAUGUCACACACUCCCUUUACAUCCUGUAACACCGUCCAGUAGACAUUCAGAGAACAGGCCAGCGACAGGGACUCCUGCCUACCACACCCUCCCUCACCCCUCCUCUCACGGGACCCCUCACAGCACCAUGAUGUGGGGCCCCCUGGAGCCCCCUAAGACACAGAAACCAUGGAGCCUGAGCUGCUUGAGACCUGCACCCCCGUUGCGACCGUCCGCGGCCCUCUGCUAUAAGGAGGAUCUUAGUAAAAGUCCUAAAACUAUGAAGAAACUGCUUCCUAAACGCAAACCUGAACGGAAACCAUCUGAUGAAGAGUUUGCAGUGAGAAAAAGUACAGCUGCCCUGGAAGAAGAUGCUCAGAUUCUUAAAGUAAUAGAAGCUUACUGUACUAGUGCCAAAACACGUCAGACGCUAAAUUCAACAUGGCAAGGCACUGACCUGAUGCAUAAUCACGUCUUGACUGAUGACGACCAAUCAAGCCUAGAAUCGCUGGGUCGUCGCAGUAGUCUUUCCCGCUUGGAACCUUCCGACCUCUCUGAAGACUCUGAUUAUGACAGUAUAUGGACAGCCCAUAGUUACAGAAUGGGGUCUACAUCUCGUUAUAGGAAAGAAUCCGGCCCUCACAUGCUGUUUCCCGAAGAGGAGAAGAUUAUUGUUGAAGAAACCAAAAGCAAUGGUCAGACUGUAACAGAAGAGAAGAGCCUCGUGGACACAGUUUAUGCAUUAAAGGAUGAAGUACAAGAAUUAAAACAGGAUAACAAGAAGAUAAAAAGGUCACUGGAAGAGGAACAAAGAGCCCGUAAAGAACUGGAGAAACUUGUUAAGAAAGUAUUAAAGAGCAUGAAUGAUCCAUCCUGGGAUGAAACCAAUUUAUAACUAAUAAUUUACCUGGGUGUGUAAUAAACAAAACACACACACACACACACACACACACAAA